GUAAUGUUUGAGAUGAAUAAAAUUCGGACUGAAAUCAUGAGUAUACCUUCUGAUGCAACUCACAGUAUACUUGAAAAACAUUUACUACACGCGGCAACUGAGGCUAGAAUUUUCAUAAUAUGUGCUUACGGACUAGAUGUACUGUACAUUCUUUGCGCAGCCGACUCGGCAAAUAUGUUGAAAGGCGACCAUGCAUUUAUAACUGUUGACUUUGCAUAUAUGACUCAAACUAAACCUGAAGGGCGGCCGUGUAACCUGGACCACCUGUUAGAAGGCAUACUUGAUGUGACUGUGCAACUUGAUGAGGCAUACAAAGGAUAUCAAGAUUUUGUUCGGGAACUUAUUGAGCGGAUGGACGGGCAACGUGGAGCUGAGAUUGGUAUUCAUUACGGAAUGAUAUACGAUGCAGUAUACCUGUAUGCUCUGGGUAUGGACGCUGUUAUAGGCCAGGGAGGAGAUCCAUCAGAUGGCAAACUUGUCAUAAGUCAACUUCUUCAUCAUUCAUUCCAAGGUAUCACUGGGAAAAUUCAGAUUGAUUCCAAUGGAACUAGACGGACAAACUUCACAUUACAUAAUAUAUUUUAUGACACAUAUACAACCGUUGCCGAGGGCAAUACAAGCCUUGGUGGCCUGGAGUUUUUACAAGACGCCAUUAUACAUUGGCCAGGCGGCGCAACAACUGCUCCUCUUGGCAGACCUGCGUGUGGAUGGAACAGUGAAUAUUGUAACAAGACAGACGAUUACAUUCCAGUGUUUGCUGCCGUUGGCAUGCUUGUUUUGAUCAUUGUUUCAAUAACCUCUGGUAUGGCAAUAUUUCUGUAUAGGAAAAGAAAGUACCAAGAAAGGAUGGAAAGCAUGUCUUGGAAGAUCUCAUAUGAUGACAUUGACUUUAAAAUUGGUUCGUAUGGAGGAAGCAUUUACGGAAGUAGGUUACAUAUAGGUGGAGCAGUAUCAAAAUUUCGGGAAAGCUCGCCUCCAUGUAUUACUCAGCGAUUUGAAUAUCCUGGAACCUUCUUGUCGAAGAGAUCCAGAUCUCAGGAAACAGUCAGUGGAAACCUUAGAAACUGCAGUGUAGAUUCAAAUAUGUCAGGGGCUGCUCAAUUAUUUACCAAAAUUGGCAGUUGUCGUGGCAAAUUGCUCGCAAUAAAAUUUGUUAGCAAACCAUACGUUGCUGUAACAAAAGCGCUCAUUAAAGAAAUAAACGAGAUACGUAAUUUAAGUCAUAGGAAUAUAAACCCGAUGAUCGGGGCGUGUAUUGACCCAAUGAAAGCAUGUGUGUUAUCAAUAUAUUGUCCUAAAGGGAGUCUACAAGAUGUUCUAGAAAAUGAUAAUAUAAAGCUGGACCAAAUAUUCAAAGUAUCAUUCGCAUCUGAUAUUGCAACGGGUAUGAAUUAUUUACAUUCAACUAGUGUUAGAAGUCACGGUCAUCUUAAAUCAUCUAAUGUAUUUAUUGACCAACACUGGACAUGUAAGGUUGGUGAUAUAAGUAUGCCUGUGUUUAGAGAGGGAGAAAGAACCACUUCAGAUUCUGCCAUCAGACAAUGUUAUCAGCAAUUAUGGACAGCACCAGAAAUAUUACGAGAUUCAGGUAGCAUUGCACGAGGGACACAGAAAGGGGAUGUUUAUUCAUAUGGUAUAAUUCUACAGGAGAUAAUGUUACGGACGGGCCCUUAUAGCUAUAACAACAUGGACCCUGAAGAUAUUAUAACAAGAAUUAUUGAAAAAGAAACGCCACCUUUUAGACCUAUUGUCCCUCCAGUAGAGAGUAUCUCAGAAAUUGAUGACGUCAUGAGAAUGGCCUGGGAGGAAGUGCCUUUAUUUCGCCCGACGUUUUCAACUAUUUUAGAAUCGCUCAAAAAAUUCAACAACGGAAGGACAACAAAUUUAGUUGAUCAAAUGGUACAUAUGAUGGAGAAGUAUGCAGACCAUCUUGAAGAACUGGUUCAUGAACGGACGGAACUACUCGAACUUGAACAAAAACGGACAGAAGAUCUGUUAUGCAGAAUGUUACCUCGAUCCAUAGCAAAUGAUUUAAAAGUGGGAAAAAUAAUAGCACCAGAAUGGUACGAAAGCGUGACAGUGUUUUUCUCUGAUAUUGUCGGCUUCACGGCUCUUUCAUCACAAAGUACACCCAUGGAGGUUGUCAAUUUUCUAAAUGAUUUGUAUACUUGUUUUGAUACGGUCAUAGAAGACUUUGAUGUUUACAAGGUAGAGACUAUUGGUGAUGCAUACAUGGUAGUUAGUGGUCUUCCAGAAAGAAACGGUAAUAAGCAUGCAGGUGAAAUAGCAACAAUGGCUUUAGAUUUACUAAGCUCCGUAACAACGUUCAAGAUCCGACAUCGACCGAAUCAGCAACUUCAAAUGCGCAUUGGCAUGCAUAGUGGGCCAGUUUGUGCAGGGGUUGUUGGCUUAAAAAUGCCACGGUAUUGUCUUUUUGGUGACACGGUAAAUUAUGCUUCAAGAAUGGAAUCUACCGGGCUAGCAUUACGAAUCCAUGUAAGUCCUGAGUGCAAGGCCUUAUUGGAAGAGCUGGACGGGUUCCAUUUUGAAUGCCGCGGAUUAGUUGAUAUGAAGGGAAAAGGACAGAUCAAAACAUAUUUUCUGUUGGGAAGACAGGGAUUUAGCAAACCUCUUCCAGACUUGAAACUCGCUAUAAAUGUUGAAAAACACCAGUUUAAACUUAUAGAUCCUAAACCACGUACAGAAAUAUCUAUCCCGAAUGGAAUAAAGAAAUUUUGAAACUGUGAAUAAAAUUUCGCUAUGGUCCGAGACACUAUAGUGGUGUGCGUCGACUUUUACCACAUUCAGAUAUAAAAAACCAAUUCCAAAUAGACACCCAGAACGGUUGUCACGGGUGAGGUGCAUGGAAUAAACAGAUACAUUUCAAAACCAUCAUUUGUCUACAAAUAUUAAAUGUAACAAGAGCAUAUUUGUAGCAGGAAAAACAAACUCUUAUAUCGGCUUAUAUGACCGUGUAAAGGUUGUUUUGUAUGCGUAACAAUGUCUGCCGACUAGUGGUUCCUUUUUGUUUUUUUUAUGAAAAAAUGAGUAAUUUGUAACCGUUACAUUCAAACUUUUUGAAUGUGUAUUUAUAGAUAACAAUAUUCGAAUCACUUUUAUCUUUUGGGUCUGAGAGUUGCCAGUAAAAAAGUAA